GCUUGCGCGGAGGAGGCGAAGAGGGGACCAGCGCUGGGGGGCUGGCUCGGGCGGCAGCGGUGGCUGCUGCGGAUGGGAGCCGGCUGGCUUGCCGCGCCCAUGGAGCGCCACGGCAGGGCCGCCGCCACUUCUGCCUCGUCGGCCCGGGAACCGGUGCUCGGGGGCCCCGAUGGGCGGCGGCGGGAGCCACUGCGGCGCCGGGCGAACAGCGCGUCAGCCCCUGCCGUCGGGGCCUCGGCUUCGGCCUCGCCUUCGGGGGAGGGCGUAAGGCGGGAUCGGCCAGGCUCCUACAGCGGCGCUACCUCGGCCUCCCGUCAGCGCGUCGAAAGCCUCAGGAAGAAGCGGCCGCUUUUUCCUUGGUUUGGCUUGGAUAUUGGUGGAACUCUGGUCAAGCUGGUUUAUUUUGAACCCAAAGACAUCACUGCUGAAGAAGAAGAGGAAGAAGUGGAAAGUCUUAAAAGCAUUCGGAAGUACCUGACCUCCAAUGUGGCUUAUGGGUCCACGGGUAUUCGGGACGUGCACCUGGAGCUGAAGGACCUGACUCUGUGUGGACGCAAAGGCAAUCUGCACUUUAUACGCUUUCCCACUCAUGACAUGCCUGCUUUUAUUCAAAUGGGCAGAGAUAAAAACUUCUCGAGUCUCCACACUGUCUUUUGUGCCACUGGAGGUGGAGCGUACAAAUUUGAGCAGGAUUUUCUCACAAUAGGUGAUCUUCAGCUUUGCAAACUCGAUGAACUAGAUUGCUUAAUAAAAGGAAUUUUGUAUAUUGACUCAGUUGGAUUCAAUGGACGGUCACAGUGCUAUUACUUUGAAAACCCUGCUGAUUCUGAAAAAUGUCAGAAGUUACCAUUUGAUUUGAAAAACCCAUACCCUCUGCUGCUGGUGAACAUUGGCUCUGGGGUUAGCAUCUUAGCAGUAUAUUCCAAAGAUAAUUAUAAGAGGGUCACAGGUACCAGUCUUGGAGGAGGAACUUUUUUUGGUCUUUGCUGUCUUCUUACUGGUUGUACCACAUUUGAAGAAGCUCUGGAAAUGGCAUCACGUGGAGAUAGCACCAAAGUGGAUAAACUAGUGCGAGACAUUUAUGGAGGGGACUAUGAGAGGUUUGGACUGCCAGGCUGGGCUGUGGCUUCAAGAUUCGGCUUAUGGGAUCUUCCUGGACCAGGGAUGGAGCCCGUGGCCUCUACAUUGUCAGGCGGAUUCUUAUCCACUGUUACCACCAGGGAAGUCUGGGUGUAAGGCUUUUAAUAAUAGAAAAGGCACUUGUAUACUUGCUUGUUUUUUGCUAAUUUUAGGUACUUUGUAAAUUCUGUAGAUUUCAUUUUCUGUGUUUGCAACAUUUACUCAAUGAUAAGAUCCCUUUUCUGAUUGGUUGGGUUUGUGAUCUAGUCAUAGUUAUCUAUGUAUUAGUUUUGCUCAUCAGGCUUCCCUGGUGGCUCAGACGGUAAAGUGUCUGCUUGCAGUUUGGGAGACCUGGAUUCGAUCCCUGGGUCAGGAAGAUCCCCUGGAGAAGGAGAUGGCAACCCACUCCAGUACUCUUGCCUGAAAAAUCCCUUGGACAGAGGAGCCUGGCAGGCUACAGUCCAUGGGGUCACAAAGAGUCAGACAUGACUGAGUGACCUCUCUGCUCAUCAGGUACUUUGAAAUACUUGAUCUUCUAGGGAAAUCGGAAACUGUUAAAGUAGUUUACUCGGGGACUCAGCUGUCUGUACUUUGCUUUGCUCAGAUAAAGCCGUUUACCAGAUGUGAAUGUGACCCUUCAGCUGAGUGGAACAGCUCUACAGUUGGGAGCAGAUCACUAACUGAGGCGUGUUCCUGGAACUUAGCCUGGUUUCAGAAGGAGCGUGGUACCUUCAGUGGAUCUGAAUGUGCUUAGUCGCUCAGUCGUGUCCGACUCUUCGCGACCCCAUGGACUGUAGCCCGCCAGGCUCCUCUGUCCAUGGGGAUU